AGGAUGAAGGUGAAGGUGAUCUUCCCAGGCAAAAUUAAAGUGUGCUUCAGGAAAGGACCAACUGGAUAUCUGAGACAAGAUCCCUCAGAUGAAGCCAAGAGGAUCAAAGACAACCCCAAUCUCCAGGACAAAUCAGCCCCUCAGGGGGAAGACAAGGUCAAGGAAAAUGCUCGCUCUGUUGUCUUCAUGAGAGGAGGAGAUGUGUCAGACAGACAGGAGGUGCUGGGAGAGUAUGUGCUUCAGUUUGGAAAGUACAAAGGCAAGUCAUUCCGGUGGCUGCUUGAGAAUGAUGUAGGCUAUACCAUGUUCUUGACUAAGAAGGUUGAGGACGAGGAGAGAGCCGGACAGUUUAAACCAGAGGGUCCCAAGAAGGACAGCCUACUUUCAUUUCUUGACUACAGUAGAAGCUUCCAGGAAAUCAAGGACCUCAUAAAGUAUUUAUCUGGAAGAUCAGUGGCACCACCUGUAAGAAAUGAAGAUGACAACUUGGUUGGCUUUGGGAUUAAUGCAGACAAGACUUGGUGGGAUAUUUGGGAGAGCAGAGCAGAUGGAUAUGCUGCAUUCAUCCUCCAGAAACAGUGUGUUCCAGGCAGCAAAAUGUAUCGGCUGCAGCAAUACCUCACUCAGAAAAAGAGACAGCUUCAGAGUGUUUCAGAGGAACUUGCUUCCUCUGGCCUUGCAGCAUCUGCCUCUCAUCCUCUAGAAAUGGAGGAUGAUGAAGAAUUGGAGAGAAUGAUGCUUUCUAUAUCCCCAUCAAAACUCCAAGGCCAACUGAAAGUGGAGGAGGGUGAAGAAUUGGGUAGGAUGAUGCUACCCGCAUAUUCAUCUAAAAUUCCAGGCCAGCUGAGUUCAGAAGUUGUUGGAGUCCCAGUGGUCAAAGGUCUUAUUCUACUGCAUACAAGGGAUGAUUCUGACAUGAAUCAGGAUUAUCUGUUCUGCAUUGAUUUGUUGCUGUUUGUUGUUUAGGCCAUGUUCAGGCCUGUUCUUAUUCUUGUGUUCAAUUGUUCUACUAACAUUGAAGGCAUUUAUAUCUCAUCAUUGACGGGAGGCGUAAACCACCAGCAACACUCUCAAAACCAGAACGGCCUGAUGAAUAUAGUGCUACUGCAUCUCCAUGGUCAGUGACGGUUCCUUUGCCAGUAUCUCCAGAGUUGCUUGAAUUAUCUAUUAGCAAGACCACAUUGGCUUUGAGACCAGCGCAGGAAACCGUGUUCUGUCAGUCCCUCCUCCCAGUGACCACUGCACAGUCUACAACCUCUACUCCUCCCUCAGGACCCCCUGCAGCUGCUGGCCAGUCUUUCUCUGGAAUCCCUGCAGCCUCUACUGGGUACCCCUCAAUUCAGCUGGAGGAGAAUCAUGCUGUUCCACCACUGCCAAGCUAUGAGCAGGAUGUGAGCCGAUGGCACUGCUCUCAACAGCAAAGAAUCUGGAUGAAAACAGAAAUGGAAGCCUUGGGACUGUGGCCAGGUUCUAGACCGGUGAGACAUCCAAUGAACAUGAUCUCCUUGUGGCGUUACCCACCUCAGCCUGAGCUUAUUGAU